AUGAUGCCAUACUUAAACAAUGAGGGCUUGGCUACUCAUAACUUACCCACGGAAGGCGAUAAUGUUGGGAGAUCAUCAUAUUUAGGAUUGAAUCAAAGACAUAGACUCAAUUGUAACUUUACAUUAAGUAAGUAUACAGUAUAUGGGACUGGUGAAAGGAUGUAUGUGGUGGGGAGUAACAGACGUGAGACAAUGUUUAGGAUAUUAGAGAUCGAUUUGACAGUGCCUGAGGAUAAAUUGUCUGUACUUGAAGACAAUGUGUUUUUCUCGAGAGGAGAAGUGAUGAAUAUUUUAUCAGGAUUGGAAGACGCUUAUGACAACAGCCUGAACAAGCUUGUUACAGGCUAUGGGUUGUUAGGUUUUAUACGGUUUACAUCAUGUUAUUAUUUGAUUGUAAUUACCGAAUGCAGUCAAGUUGCUAUCAUAGGCGGUCAUUCAAUAUUCCAUAUAGAUGGUACUGAAAUUAUUCCGAUCUCUAAGAAUUAUAAGAAACCUGAUAAAUAUUCGAAUGAAGGAAAAUUAUUAACAGCUUUCCAAAACUUGGAUUUAACAAAGACUUUUUACUUCAGUUACACAUAUGAUAUUACAAACACAUUACAGACAAAUUUAUUACGUCAAAAAUUAACAGCUGCUAAUAGAGGUGAUAUAUCUAUACCAACAGGAAUAUAUGACUAUAAUGAAAUGUUCAUGUGGAACCAAAACCUUUUGUCUCCAUUAUUUGAUUGUUUGGAUACGGUUUUUGAUUGGUUUCAGGUAAUUUUACAUGGUUUUAUUGAUCAAGUAAACAUAUUGAUAUCAAGUAAAAGUGUAUAUGUGACAAUGGUAGCAAGGAGAUCGCGUCAUUUUGCAGGAGCUAGAUUUCUAAAGCGUGGGGUGAAUAAAGAAGGAUAUGUAGCUAAUGAAGUUGAGACAGAACAGAUAGUCUCUGAUAUGAUGCUUACUUCAUUUCAUAGUUCAAGAGAAGGUUUUUUUGACAGUGACAGAUACACAUCAUUUGUUCAACAUAGAGGCUCAAUCCCGUUAUAUUGGACUCAAGAUUCUUCAAAUCUUACUGCUAAACCACCAAUUGAGGUGAAUCUCGUGGAUCCUUAUUAUUUACCAGCCGCUCUACAUUUCGAUAAAUUAUAUCAACGCUAUGGCGGUGGUAAAAUCAGUGUCCUAAAUCUUAUAAAAGUAAAAGAAAAAAUUCCAAGAGAAACUAAAUUACUGACAGAAUUUGAAACAUGUAUAUCCUACCUCAAUAAGUUUCUCCCUGAAGAAAAAAAGAUUAAGUACACAUCAUGGGAUAUGAGUAGAGCAUCUAAGCAAGAUGGUCAACAUGUUAUUGAGUUUUUAGAAGACUUUUCAAUGAACACAGUUAACACAACAGGUAUAUUUCACAAUGGGAAAGAUUUUAAAUCAACAAAGAUACAAGAAGGUAUUUGUAGAUCCAAUUGUAUUGAUUGUUUGGAUAGAACCAAUGCUGCGCAGUUUAUUAUCGGUAAGAGAGCUUUAGGAGAACAACUAAAGGCUUUGGGAAUAGUGCAAGAUAGCUUUUUAGAAUACGAUUCAGAUAUUGUUAAUAUAUUAACGGAAUUAUUUCAUGAUCUUGGUGAUACAAUUGCAUUACAGUACGGUGGUUCUCAUUUGGUUAAUACAAUGGAAACUUAUAGAAAAAUUAAUCAAUGGCGAUCUCAUUCUCGGGAUAUGAUCGAAAGUAUUAAAAGAUUUUAUAGUAAUUCUUUUGUUGAUGCACAAAGACAGGAGGCAAUUAAUUUAUUUCUUGGGCACUAUGUGAAGAACAAGAGUAGUCCGGUUGUAUGGGACACAAUGGAUGAUGGAUUUUUGAAUAAUGAUAAAGAACAAGAAAAAAAAAGAAGUUAUACACAUUGGUGGAAUAUUUAUCAUAUAAAAAGUCUGAGAAAACUAAUUUCUGAAGAAAUCAUAAACAAAGGAAAUGAUGUUACAUUGCAGAAUAUAGUUAAAAACAUUCGUGGAUAUCCAGAUGCAUUUGAUAAUUAUUGGAAUGAGUACUAUUUACCUAAAAGUAUAAGUCACUUUCAAGAUUUAUUUACAUAUAAUAUGAACUCUACAAGACACUAUCACCAGGAAGGAAAUUUGAAUAAAGAUUUAUCCCCCUUCAAAUCACGUAAAGCCACCUCCAUUAAUAAUAAGCUUAGAGAAUUAAGAUUAGAUAGCAAUUUGGCGAAAGUUGAUGAUGAUACAAAUGGUAAUAAAAAAAUUUCUAUGGAAGUAAACAAGUUUGAAUUGGACUUAUAUGAACAGUCUUAUUCUACUGUACUUAAAGAUAUGAAUAAUUUAAAAGCCACAUUAAAUCAAAGUGGCAAUGGGAGCAAUAACAUGCCGAUUAUAUUUGUAGAAGUCGAAGAUGCUGGAACUGCAACUGAUAAGGAUUAUUUUAAUGGACAAGAAAGUAAACAAGAUUUAAUAUCAUCCAGUACUGACAAAGUGCAUGAUGCUGGUUAUUAUGAUAACCUGAGUGUCGAUAAAAGUUUCUACAAGAAAAUAUUUGAUAUCGAUGAUUACAAAGGUUUAGGGACAUAUCAAAAUACGUUUGAUGUGGAGAAGGUAAAUUGCAAACAAGAAGACAUUACGGCAUUUACAAAUUACAUGUCAUUUAAUGACAAAGAAAUAAUAUUCUUAUAA